AUGGAUAAAUGUCCAGAAGAUGGAUUUCUCCUUCCGGAACAAACCAAGGAUUUUAUCUCAAGAUCUUUGAGAGGGCAACAAGUAGAGGUGAAUGAUCAAGAAAUUAAUGUGAUUGAAACUCCACAAGUUGAUGAACCAAUCACUGUUCAAAUUUUGACACUUGGUGGCUCAGUUUGUCAAGUUAAAACUAACAAGAAGCACUCAAUCAUCACAUUGAAGGAAGAAAUUGAGAAGUACAUGGAUAUUCCAGUUGGUAAACAGUCGCUCUUCUUUAGGAAUACAGAAUUGGAGAAUUACAAUAAUGGUAUGUCAAGAAGAGUGGGAGAUUUUGGAAUUCAAGAUAAUGACAAGAUCUAUCUCUCCAUUUUAAUGAAGGAAAUUGAUGUUGGAGACAAUAUCAAUGCAGUGAAAGUUAGAUUACAAUGGAAUUGGGUUAAUUCUCGUGAUUUCUUGGAUGGAAUCGUCUACGUUCUCGAUGGAAAUAACAACAUUACAGCAAGACUCGAUUAUGAUAACAAUGUUUCUCCUCUUUGUGGAGAAUCAAUCUUCCACAAAGGAGACGAUAUUGACAAUGACAGAAAAUUAGGAUGUCAAAUCAUUGGCAUGAACCUUGAAAACAUUCCAAUGUCUGUUCAAACUAUUGUCUUUACUUUGAGCUCAUACAGAGCAUCUUCUCUCAGCUCCUUCAAGAAUCCUCGUGUUCACAUCGAAGAGGAAACAAGAGGUCAACCAUUGGCUGGUUGUGAUACUGAUGCGAUUAAAUCUCAGGCAAUUAUUGUUUGUGCUUUUAGAAGAUCACAACAAGGAUGGAGAAUCAUUCAAAUCAAUAGAGAAUCUUCAGGCAAUGCACAAAAUGAUUCUGCUCUCAUAACAUCCAUUAUUGAUGUUGUCAGAAAUUUGUAG